GGAAGGCUCCCGCCGGAAGUGCCGGGUGGGCCACGUGGUCGGAGGCGGGCCCUGUGAGUGCAGGCGGCAUGUCGGCUUCGCUCCUGCGCAAGGGCCUGGAGCUCCUUGGGGAGCCGGCGGGCUCCGGGCCCGCGCCCGCCCGAGGCCGCCACAGCCGGAUCCCGGAGAAGAAGCGGCCCUCCCGAAGAAACCAGGCCACGGCCAAGGGCAGGGUCCCCAAGUCGGCUCUGGAGGAGUUCCAGAAGCGGCAGAGGCGGGACCACCUGCAGGAGAACCUGAGGUUCAUGAAGAAGAAGCUAGUGGCCGUGGACCCGAAGAUCACCACGAAGAUCCUUCUCCAAAACCAAGGCAGGAAAGCCAAGGACCGACCAGCCACCAAGCUGAAGAAGGAGAAACCCCAGGGCACAGUGUUCACCGAGGAAGACUUCCGCAAGUUCCAGGAGGAAUAUUUUGGGAAUUCUGGGACCAAGUGACAGAAGGAGGAGCCCCGAGUCUGAAUGGAAGACCACAUGGGACCAGUCUCCUUUUCUGGAACAGGACAGUCCUUGGGCCUGUGGGACCGAGGGAUGUUCAGAGACAUGGAGGGGCUGGUUCCCCCCCUCCCCACUCCCAGCUUUGGGAGCCUGGCUUCCUCCCCAUCCCACACCCUGCCAGCCUGGCUCCUGCCUGUGGGCUGCUGUUUGAGACUCAGCCACCAGGUGGUGCUCCAUGGGCCCAGCCUGAGGAUGGGGAGGGGGUGAGCCCCGGGGGCUGAAGGCACCACACAGACUCUGCUAUUUUGUUACUAGAAAACCUAGAGCUGGUGGCGCCUUCCCCUUUUUGACUUCCAGUUUUCUGUCACAUGUCAUGCUCCUGGCCCUGCUCACCUUUCAUUGGUUACCAGAAGGCUAAAUGUGAC